AUGUCGCUAUAUGCCCUUAUAAAAAGCCCCUCCCCAGCUGUGGGAGACUCCGGCCGCUUUAACCCGUCCUUGAAGGGCAAGCUGCUGGAGAUCCUGCUGGACUUGCUGAGGGAGUAUUCCUUGGGCACCCCUGUAUCCCCAGUGCCCCUCCACGUGGUUCUGGCCCUGGAGCAGUUGAGCAAGCUGAAGCCCUCUUUCGGAAGCGAGGGCGUGUACGAGACGCUGACUCUGUGCUGGAAGGCUAUCGUGACGCACCCUUCAGCGGAGCUGAUGCUGAAGAUCAGGAAGUCGCAGCAAGCGGCUCGGUACCUGCAGCUUCAGCAAACAUCUGUGAGCGCUCUGGGCCGGCUCAUGGCAGUCCUGCUGGAGACAGAGCAGAGCCGUGGCUUGUUCCAGAACGUAGUCCAUGUCCUGCGGAGGUCAGUCGCCUCAGACAAUGCGUGGGAGCGCAAGAGGGCCCUGCAGGUGUGCUCCCAGCUGCUGGCUGCUUGUGAAGAGCUUCGAACAGGAGAUGCCUGCAAGCACUUUGGCUCCUUGGUGGGAUUGCUGGCGCCUCUGACCUGUGACCCCAUGCCCACGUCCCGCCAGUUGGCCGUCACCUGCCUGAGCUCCCUUCUCCGAAUCCAAGCCAAGGCGACCAACGCGCUCAUCAAGACGGGAGACAUCGGGAGCCUGCGUGAGGGGCUGAAUGCCGGCAGCACCGUCUCUCAGCUCCAGACCUCGUCCAAAAUCGCGAGGGUCUGUUGCAGCAGCUUCCCCCUGGAGCGCAGCGUGGACUUCAUGACCGCCAUCAGGGAGACCUUGCGGGAAGCCAAAGGGAUGCGUGCGCGUGCUGCUGGGAAGUGGAUGAUCACCUUUCUGCAGAUGCACGGGAAGGACAUCCACUGGGAGGUGCCAUCGAUCCUCCACAUCCUGCGCAGCUGCAUGCGCUCCAUGCAGCAGACCAUGCUCCUGCCCAUCCUGUGCCAGGCGGCGGUCAUCCUCACACGCUGUCACGCAGAGCUCGCGCUUGACAACAACUUCUGGCUGCUUGAGCCCACAGACAGUGACACGUGGAGGAGAAGAAUUCAAGCAUUUUAUCUGCGAGAGGGGAGCCACUAGAGGAAUGAAAAGAACUGGGAAGCCGAGUGAA